UGGGGCAUCAGCCAUUGACGUUAAAAGCUUCAGCGUUUGAGUGCUGCGCCUGUACCUGGCUGUCGGGCUUUUGGCAGACAAAAUCAUCAUUAAAACAGGGUUCUCUGCAUUUCCUGAGUGGAACAUCUCUCUUCUACAAUGGCAGCAAUUGGAAACCGCGGUACUGUGACUGAGGCGGCGGGCUUCAACGCCGAUACGGAUGCAGAGAAACUGAAAGCAGCCAUGAAGGGAGCUGGGACGGAUGAGGCAGCUAUCAUCGCCAUUCUGGCUCACCGUACUAUUGCUCAGAGGCAACGCAUCAAAGAGGCCUACAAGCGAACUGUUGGAAAGGACCUGGCUGAGGAUCUGUCCUCGGAGCUGAGUGGGCACUUCAAGAGUGUGGUCCUCGGUCUGCUGAUGUUGGCGCCUGUUUACGACGCCUAUGAGCUUAGACAUGCAAUGAAGGGAGCUGGAACUGAAGAAGCCUGCCUCAUCGACAUUUUGGCUUCCAGAUCCAACGCAGAAAUAAACGCCAUCAAUGCGGUGUACAAGACGGAAUAUGGGAAGACCCUGGAGGAUGACAUUUGUGGUGACACGUCUGGAAUGUUUAAGAGAGUUUUGGUCUCUUUACUAACGGCUGGACGAGACGAGAGCAACAACGUGAAUGAGGCCCAGGCAGUCCAAGACGCCAAGGAAAUCUAUGAGGCUGGAGAGGCUCGAUGGGGCACAGAUGAGACGAAAUUUCUGACGAUUUUGUGCGUUAGGAACCGAAGCCAUCUGCUCAGAGUGUUUGAUGAAUAUAAGAAGAUUUCUGGUAAAGACAUCGAGGAAAGCAUCAAGAGGGAGAUGUCCGGCUCCCUGGAAGACAUCUUUCUGGCCAUAGUGAAAUGUAUGAAGAGCAAGCCUGCCUUCUUUGCUGAGAGAUUAUACAAAUCUAUGAAGGGUCUGGGCACCACAGACACCGUCCUCAUCAGAAUAAUGGUGGCCAGGGCUGAAAUUGACAUGUUGGACAUAAAGGCUCAGUUCCUGAAGAUGUACGGAAAGACUCUGUACUCCUUCAUCAAGGGAGACACUUCUGGUGAUUACCGUAAAAUCCUGCUGGAGCUGUGUGGAAGUGAACAGAAAUAACAUCAGAGCAUUCACAAAUGUCUCGGUCCUAAAAUCUACACAAUAUCCCUGGAAAGGAUCAUUCUGGAAGGUACUGAAAAUGUCAACUUUAAACUGCUAAACUCCCAUCAAGUGAGACCCCUGAGAAGAACCACAGACCUUCAGUUGAUGGGAUGACAUCUUCAGCAUCAUUCAAUUCCUCUGAAUCUAGAUAGUCCUCUCAGGAUUUGAUAAUGUCGACUUCUUUCUAUAUGUUUCUUUCAAUGCUUAAGUUUCUCUGUUCCAAAUGGAGACACAUCUCUUACCUCUUCACCAGCUGUGAUGAAAGGUAGCUUUAGUGAAAUAUAUUGUUGGAAUGCUGUGGUAGUUUGUGCACAGAUUAUUAAAACUGCUUAACCUUUCACAAA